UGGAGGAGAGAACUGUACCGACGCUUUACGUGACCACUCCGAUUGAAGCACUGACAUCAGAGGCUCUAAAUUAACACGCUGGCUCACGCGUACUGGUCUGGCGACGGCCGAACAUUCGGACAUGGAGACCGCGGAGACGACACGGUAUAAAAUGUGAGAUUUUUGGGGAGAAUCACCGACAAGCCAGCGAGCGUGGCGCACCCCCACCACCACCAUCCCCUGAUCUUUUCCGGGAGAUCUGUGAUUCCGUGUGGUCGGUCCAGCGUGGCAUCGCGUGCUCACGGAGAGGAGCAUGAAGAAGUUCCGGAAGGUGCUGGACGGACUAUCGGCCGUGUCUUCCGCCACGCCGUCGCAACCGCUGGGCGUGCGAGAAAACGACCUGGUCCACGAGACGCUCCAGUCGGAGCACUUCCAGCUCUGCAAGACUGUCCGUCAUGGCUUCCCUUACCAGCCCUCGGCCAUGGCCCUGGACCCCGUCCAGAAGCUCCUGGCCAUCGGAACGCAGAGUGGAGCUCUACGGAUAUUUGGCCGACCAGGAGUCGAGUGUAACUGUCAGCAUGAGAGUGGAGCAGCCGUCAUUCAACUGCAGUUCCUCAUUAAUGAGGGGGCGUUGGUGAGUGCCCUGGCCGAUGACAGCAUCCAUCUCUGGAAUCUCCGUCAGAAGAGACCAGCCGUACUUCACUCACUAAAGUUCAACAAAGAGAGGAUAACGUUCUGCCACCUGCCCUUCCAGAGCAAAUGGCUGUAUGUGGGCACGGAGCGCGGCAACGUCCACAUCGUCAACGUGGAGUCUUUCACCCUCUCAGGCUACACCAUCAUGUGGAACAAAGCCAUCGAACUCUCUUCCAAGGCUCAUCCUGGCCCAGUGGUGCACAUCAGUGAUAACCCCAUGGACGAGGGGAAGCUGAUCCUUGGAUUUGAGGCUGGAAUCGUUGUGCUGUGGGACUUAAAAUCAAAGAAGGCAGAUUACCGUUACACAUAUGAUGAGGCUAUCCACUCUGUGUCCUGGCACCAUGAGGGGAAGCAGUUUAUCUGCAGUCACUCUGAUGGCUCUCUCACCAUCUGGAACAUCAAGAACCCCGCCAGACCCCAACAGACAAUCACUCCGCACGGAAAACAGCCCAAGGAUGGGAAGAAGCCAGAGCCAUGUAAACCCAUCCUCAAGGUGGAGUACAAAACCACUCGACUUGGAGAGCCCUUUAUAAUCCUCUCGGGCGGACUGUCGUAUGACACCGUUGGCCGGCGGCCCUGCCUGACGGUGAUGCAUGGCAAGAGCACGGCCGUGCUGGAGAUGGACUACCCCAUUGUGGACUUCCUCACCCUCUGCGAGACACCCUACGCCAAUGAUUUCCAGGAGCCAUAUGCUGUGGUUGUCCUGCUGGAGAAAGACUUGGUUGUAAUUGACCUUGCACAGAACGGGUACCCCAUCUUUGAGAACCCCUACCCCCUGACGCUGCACGAGUCUCCGGUCACCUGUUGUGCGUACUGCGCUGACUGCCCAGUGGACCUCAUUCCUGCACUUUACUCUGUGGGCCUACGCCAGAAACGCCAGGGCUACAGCAAAAAGGAGUGGCCUAUUAGUGGGGGGAACUGGGGUCAGGGUGCACAGAGCUAUCCUGAGAUAGUCAUCACGGGGCAUGCCGAUGGCUCAUUGAAAUUCUGGGAUGCCUCUGCAAUAAUGCUGCAGGUUCUGUACAAGCUGAAGACGGCCAAGGUGUUUGAGAAGAGCCGGAGCAAGGAUGACAAGCCGAGCACCGAGAUCGUGGAUGAGGACCCCUUUGCCAUCCAGCUGCUGGCCUGGUGCCCAGAGAGUAGGGUGCUGUGUGUGGCGGGGGUGUCCGCUCACAUCCUCAUAUAUCGCUUCAGCAAGCAGGAGGUCACCACAGAGGUCAUACAGUUGCUGGAGGUGCGUAUGCAGUGUGAGCUGAACGAUCUGGACUCUCCCGAGGUGGGCGGUGACCAGACGCAGGCGGCGCCCACCUCUAGCUCCUCCCCCAGCCCUCAGGCCGCCGCGCCUUCCACACGCCCGUCAACCAGCAGCAACAACUCGGACAAAGACAGAGAUAACGUGCCCUGCCUCAAGGUGCGCAGCUCGUCUCUGAAGCAGUCGCCGGGGUAUCAGGUGGAGCUGGUGGUGCAGCUUGUGUGGGUGAGUGGGGAGCCGCCCCAGCAGAUCAGCAGCCUGGCCAUCAACUCAGCCUACGGCCUUGUGGUGUUUGGCAACACUACAGGUGUGGGAGUGGUGGACUACCUGCAGAAGACGGUUCUGCUCAACCUGAGUACAGCUGAACUCUACACCACCAACGACCCCUAUCAGCGACAACCACGCUCACCACGCAAGAGCAGACAACCCUCUGGAGGUCUGUGUGACAUCAACGAGGGCACGGCCACGUCAGACGACCGCUGCAAAUCUCCCACCUCAGUGUUGAGCUCAAAUCAUCAGCAGUUCUACAAUGGAGCAGGCAAAGGUGCAAAGAUGUCCAGGAAGCUAAGCUUGCCCACUGAGCUUAAGCCAGACUUGGACCACCGGGACAACUCCUUCAGCCGCUCGCGGAGCUCCAGCGUGACCAGCAUCGACAAGGAGGCGCGCGAGGGCAUCACCGAGCUCUGCUUCUGCGAGACCAUGGCCCGGCGGGCGGAGGGCGGCGGGGCGCAGCCCGCGCUCUGGGUGGGCACCUUGCUGGGCACCGUGCUCACCGCCACCCUCAGCCUGCCCCCUGCUGGAGAGCAGCGGCUACUGCAGCCCAUCAUCGCCUCGCCCAGCGGUGCUCUGGUGCGUCUGAAGGGCAGCAUCCUGCGCAUCGCCUUCCUGGACGCCGCCGGGGUCUUCCAGCCGGCCCCGUACGAGCAGUGGUACGAGCCCAACGCGGCCGAGGAGGAGCGUACCAGGCGCCGUCGCGGGGGUGGCCUGCCCUCGCCCUGCGGAGGAGGAGGAGGUGGAGGAGGAGGCGGAGGAGGGCUGGACCUGGAGAGGGACUCCCAGUUCGGCGUGAUCUGCUCGGAGAAGCAGGCCAAGGUGCUGUCGCUGCCCUCGCAGACGUGCGUGUCCAAGCACAACAUCACGGAGACGUCCUUCGUGCUGCGCGCCGACGUGGUGGUGCUCAACAGCGGCGCCUGCGUGGCCUGCUUCUGCGCCAACGGACACAUCAUGACGCUCAGUCUCCCCUAUCUGCGGCCGCUGCUGGAUGUGAACUACCUGCCCCUGACGGACAUGCGCAUCGCCCGCACGUUCUGCUUCUCCAACCUGGGCCAGGCGCUCUACCUGAACUCGCCCACUGAGAUACAAAGACUCACCUACAGCCAGGAGGUCUGCGAGAACCUGCAGGAGAUGCUGGGGGAGAUGUUUAUUCCAGUGGAGACCCCCGAGGCACCCAAUCGGGGAUUCUUCAAGGGGCUGUUUGGAGGUGGAGCCCAGUCGUUAGACAGGGAGGACCUAUUCGGGGAGACUGGCGCGGGUAAAGCCCCGCGUAGCCUGGCGCAGCACAUCCCGGGCCCCGGAGGUAUCGAGGGCAUGAAGGGCGCCGCCUCGGGCAUCAUGGGGGACCUGGCGCGGACCCGCAUGGCGCUGGACGAGCGAGGGCAGAAGCUGAGCGAGGUGGAGGAGAAGACGGCGGCCAUGAUGGCCAGCGCCGACAACUUCUCCAAACACGCACACGAGAUGAUGCUGAAAUGUAAAGAUAAGAAGUGGUACCAGUUCUGAGGCCUGGUGCUGCAGGGACGCCCUGUUGC